AUGCGACCACCACGAAAGCCUGGAUCAAAUUCUGCGCUUAAAAAAUCUGCACAUCAGCGCAGGCAUCCAGCUGCUGAUUUGGGCGAAACGGACACUAGUAGCUCAGCAGAAGAUGGGCUAGCAACAGAUGAUCAAGGCUUCCGCUCACCAGCACCUGAUACCGAUGGUACUGACUAUGGUUUGGAGUUUACGAAUACCGGAAGCCGAUAUGUACAUAAUUCGUCAAAAGAACAUCGUUCAGUUGCUCCAACUACAAAUAUGGACAAGCAAAAUGAAAGCUGUGUUAAUAAAGAUAGUUCAGCAACUCUGGCUAGCCAAAACAGGUCUUCAGCUAAACAAGUCGGCGCCACAGCGGUCAAACCAUUGGAGAAGGCGCAAAGGCCAUUAGAGCAGGGUACGCUGGAACAUGUACAAACAACGACUGCAUCAACGAAAGCAGCAACACCGCACAAACGUAAAACCCAACGUAAAGGGAAAUUUUUACACGCACAAUUAAUUGCACGGACGGAUUUAAUGAUACCACGCGCAGCCUUUGGUCGUCUUGUGCGAGAAAUACUGUUGAGCAAUGAUACGGAUGUAAGAUCUAUAACAUUAAAGGCUUUAGAGGCCCUGCACGUAGCCACUGAGGCCUACGUUGAAGGACGUUUUGAGGAUGCAAAUCUCUUGGCAUUGCAUGCACGUAGAGUUACCGUAAUGGCAAAAGAUAUGGAGCUUAUAAACUUUUUACGAAAUAAAUCAUAGAUUACCCAAGACACCAUGCGCCAGGCGGGUCUCACAUCUUAAUUAUUAGGAUAUUACAAUUUAUUGUUUUUACCAUGUAGACAUAUUUACUUGUUCUAAGACAUUUAUCAAUUUUAUUUGUAUUAAUUUUAUAAGUAUAAUGUUUACAAUGCUUGUUUUCAUGUUGAUAUGCAUAUGUAUUAAAAAGUUUUUAUAUAG